AUGCCUUACUCACCAAACCUCGUCGCCGAGAACCAGGCUGCCCUGGACCACUUCAUCCAGCUCCCAGUAUCACAUGACAUGAUCUCGUAUCUUGCACAAAAGGCAACACAAGUCAUUCGAUGCGAACCAUCCAUCAACAAGAACCUCCCUCCCACACCACCAGCAUCGCCUCCCCAGCAUGCUGCCUCCAACAUCCGCGAACCCGUCCUGCCAUCAGUAGAAGAGUUCAUCACAUCCAUCGUCGAGAGGUCUCAUGUUCAGACUGCUACCCUCAUGACCUCCCUCGUCUACCUCAGCCGGUUACGGUCGCGUCUCCCUCCCGUCGCCAAGGGCAUGCGUUGCACUGUCCACCGCAUCUUUCUCGCCUCUCUCAUCCUUGCAGCUAAGAACCUCAAUGACUCCUCGCCCAAGAACAAGCACUGGGCCAGGUACAGCGCUGUUCGCGGCUACGAGAACUUUGGCUUCUCCAUCACCGAGGUCAACCUCAUGGAGAAGCAGCUGUUGUUCCUCCUCGACUGGGAUCUCCGCAUCAACCCUGAGGAUCUCUACUACCACCUCGAGCCAUUCCUAGCGCCCAUUCGUGUCUGGCAAUCUCGCCAGGCUGAGAAGGCCAGGCUCGCAGAGAAGGAGAAGGAGCUUGCUCGUCAGCAGUACCAGCUUUCCGUUGAGAACCUCUCGCGGUCAACCAACCCCUACGCAUCAAACUCGUCCCUGUCAUCAUAUGCUCCUCGUCCCCAGAGGCAUCGCGCACACUACGUUCCAUCCUCCCGCGCAGCUUCGCGUACCCCAUCUCUAUCACCACCCACUCGGAGCUCCUCUGUCUCUACUUCUUCCGACUCGCCCGAUAGCUUCCUCGACGAGCCUUCAGAAGCUAUUCUCCAGCGCUACGACGCAGAUAUGGGUGCCAAUCUUGUAUAUAUCAACGGCCCUAUUUCCUCGUAUGCACCAAAGCAGCAACACACCCUCCCGCUGUACGACACGCAGCCCUCGAAGAAGGCCAAGACAUCAGCGGGUGGCAUCUUCAGCAGGAUGUUUGGCCAGACUGGCGCCUACACCGGCCGCCAGACUACCUAUUAA